UAAAAAAAAUAUUAAGGUACCUAUUCAGAACUAGUUUCUGUGUGGUUAGUGCGAGGGUUUUCCCGCUUUUACUCAAUAUACAGUAAUCAACGUGACUAUGACCACCUGUGCUCAUUUUUCGAUAAGAUAUGGAUCACACAACACAGAUGGUGUUUCUUUUGUCUAUGGCACUGGCAAAUGGUCGGCUGCUUUCUCUUGAACUCGAGACUCAUGACCAUGGACCAGAGCACCCAGGUCUUUUAGGUAUGUCCGAUCCACUACACCUACUACCGCCAAAAGACCAUCUUGGAAUAUUUGAGCAUCUAGGCCCGUUUCAUUACAGACAUCACGACUUCAGGAAUCCAGGUGUGGUCGGUCCUUUAAAUCCUCUAAAUGGACCAUUACCAAUAGACAAUAAGAAACUAACGACAGAAUCUUCACCAUUAAAAGUGACACUUCUACCAAAAGCAGACGAGAGUAAUAACACAGUUCAAAAAAAAGAUAUGAACGAUCAGAGAGAGAAGAAAGAAAAUGAAAUACCCAAAGGAAGAAAUAAUACUUUACUACCAAAAUUGUUUGACGUUAGCGAACCUAUGUUAAGGACUAAUGAAAAUAAGACUGUAGCAUCCAACCCCAUUGAUAAAGAAAUUGUAAGAUCCAAUGAUAGUACUACUUUACAUGAAAAGUUAAAAGCAGAUGGCAGUAUUCAAACAGGAGAUUCAAUAGUAUUUCCUGAUAAUAUAGAUGAGAUUAAAUCAGCACAUAAAGGAAUAAAAGAAAAUUUGAAUAAGACAAGUAGUAAUAACGAAAAUAAUGAAGGAAAUUAUACUAAGAAUUCAGAUGAUUCUGAUAUUAUAGUAUUUCCUGGACAUAAUGUACCCACUCAAACUACUAUUACACCGAUUGUAAAUCCUAUACAAAAUGCUAAUGGAAACCCAUUUACAAGUUCAGGUAGUCAAUCUCCUCAAAAUUAUGUAUAUCAAACAUUACCUGUUACAAAUGAUGUAUUUCCUAAUAGACCAGCUGUUUAUACAACAGCUAACACAGGACAAGGAUCUUUGUACACGAAUAUUAUAAAUACAUUCCCUCAGAAUGGCCAAUCUUUUAAACCAGCUUUGAAUAGCAACAAUAACAAUAAUAAUUAUUAUCAAAGUCCUACUCCUAUUUCGCCAGUAAAUUCAUGGAAUGGAAAUCAAAAUGUUGGAAUAGUCAAUAGUAUACCGCCCAGUAACGUUGGAAAUUCAGUUGUAAAUCUAGGAACUGUUCAAAAUCAGCAAAAUACUUUAGGUGUACCUGCGUUGUUAAUUUCACCAAAUUCUAUUGGAAAUAACCAACCGGUUUACAAUAGACAGCAACAAAUUCUACAACCAGCAAAUAUUGCGCAAAACAAUAAUUUAAUCCAACAAAGGCCAACUGUACUUUCAGAAGUAACGCCAUUUUCACAUAAUCAAGGAAAUAUAGCAACACAAGGAAAUUAUAAUCCAGCCCCAAAUAAUAUUGGCCAACAAUUUGUUGUUGGACAAACAUUUGUGCCAAAUAAUAUGCAGAAAAAUAAUGGCCAACAAUAUUAUGUUAUAUCUAACGGCAAUCGAUUGAAUAAUUAUGAAAAUAGUGCGGGUCAAUCUGUAGUUUUAAAUCCACAAGGAAAUAUGAUGACACCUAACAAUAAUGUGUUGGGAGAUAACACUCAAAAACACAUGUUAGUUAACGUGGAUCAGCAAAAUGUACAAAAUGGUCAAACAAAUGGUAUUUCCUUGCAAAAUGGACAACUAGUGUUAGUGCCAUACCAAGGGACAAAUAACGCGUUAGUUAAUAAUGGAAUAAAUGGACAAACACAAAUAAUUACCGAUAAUAUUAUCCAACCAAUGCCAAAUGCUGCAAAUUCUAUUACUGCUAAUCAACCUAAUACAAUUUUAAUUAAUGGAAUCCCUAAUAAUGUAGUGUUUCAAGAUGUGAAUGGUCAAAAUUAUCUUGUGAAUGUUGGCCAAAAUGUUUUCAAGUUAGUUCCCGUUUCUAAUGUUGGUAAUAGUGAAAAUCCUUACUCUAUCGUGAAUUUGAUUUCUUUGAAUGAUAAAGACGAUCGUUCAACAGGUAUCAAUAAAUCUUUAUGACAAAGUUAUACUAACUGAACCUGUGUUAACUGAAUAUAUAUGUAUAAGUUUGUUAAUUAAAAAAACGCAGUUAUAUGAUAUCUAAUAUUGUAAAUUAAAAAUAAAAGAAUUUGAAACUUAA